AUGAGCUCUGCCUCCACACCUGAUACAUAUCAUGACUCCGAUGCUGGGUCAAAUCCAAGCCUCUCAGCUUCUGAAACUACGAACAGUUCGAAAACAUCAGGCGAUGGAGUAGGACUGUCCAAUGCUCAUGAUCAACUAGGACGGAAACGUAGGUACGCACUGGAUUUGGUCAAUCGUCUUCAAAACACAGGCAUUCAAACCGACAUUGAUCUUCCUCAAAUUGCUGUGAUCGGCAACCAGAGCGCCGGGAAGUCGUCUCUCAUUGAGGCAAUCUCUGGUACUACUCUUCCCCGAGCUUCAGGGACAUGUACUCGUUGUCCUACUGAGUGUCGAUUGACUAAUGUAGCUGCACCUGCACGUUGGAACUGCGUGGUUUCAAUCCGUACGAUUACUGACAGCACUGGUCAACAUCUCGGUCAAGCUCGCAACGAGCCUUUUGGAGAAGUGAUCUACAACAAAGCUGAAGUUGAAGACCGUAUUCGACGCGCUCAACGUGCGAUCCUAAAUCCGCACAUACCUCGUAGUCAAAUCCUGACGGGGGACGAGGAGAUCAACGAUGGGAGGACACUCACAUUCUCGUCAAAUUAUGUUUCUCUGCAGAUCAGUGGCCCUGAUGUCGCCGAUUUAUCGUUUUGUGAUUUGCCAGGUCUCAUUCGAUCCACCAAAGAAGGAAGCACGAACGACAUUGCUCUCGUCGAGGGUUUGGUAGAGUCGUACAUAAAAAAGCCUAGUUGCAUCAUCCUUCUCACUGUAUCAUGCGAGACUGAUCCUCAAAAUCAGGGAGCUCUUCAAUUGGCUAGGGAAUAUGAUCCUGAAGGACUUCGCACAGUUGGUGUCCUCACGAAACCCGACAGAAUAUCAGCUGGGGACGAGGAAGAUUGGGUCCGCUUUGUCAAGAAUGAAGGGGACUACAAGCUAUUGAAUAAUUGGUUCUGUGUCCGACAGCCCAAUUCGAGUGAACUGAAAUCAGGCGUCACCUGGCAAGAAGCCCGAGACAAGGAAAACCAGUUCUUCACUGCGACUGCUGCGUGGCGCGAUUUGGAUCCUAUAUAUCAACGUUAUCUUCGUACCCGCAAUCUCGUUGAGAGACUGAGCGGUAUCUUGUCAGACCUCAUAUCAAAGCGACUUCCCGAAAUCCGUGAAGAACUCCAUCAGCUCAUGCAUAACACUCGUAAAGAUUUGGCACAACUUCCGAAAGAGCCUUCCCAAGAUCCUAUGAGCGACAUCUCGGCAAUGAUUUACAGCUUUAGUUCCAGACUCUCGAGAGUCUUAGAGGGUACCCCGGAAGCUGAAGCUCUUCUUCAAUGCAUUCGACCUGCUCAAAAUGCAUUCAAGAGGGAGAUCCGUAAAACAGCUCCUAACUUCAGGCCGUAUGAGAAGAAGUAUGCUUCACAGAGGAAUAUGGCGCAUUUCAAGUUUUUGAAUAACGAGGAAGAUGAACUGGAGUGGGAUCAAGACUCAGAGGACAACACCGAAAGUGGCGCACCUGUUUACAUUGAUGAUGUCAACCGUCGAAUACAAGAUGCUCGUACUCGAGAGCUUCCCAGUAGAUAUCCUUAUGUUGUUGAGGAAUCAUUUAUUCAGCAGAUAACGAAGCAGUGGUCGGCACCUUCGCAACGCCUCUGCGAACUUGUUUACAGAACAACACUGGAUCAUGUUUUGCGACUUGUCAAGGAUCAUUUCUCUGAGUUCGGACAAGGACUCUUAGAGCGGCAAACAAGACUUAUUAUAAUGGAGCAUAUGAAGGACCGGUUCGAGGCCACUAAAGAUCGUAUUGAAUGGCUCCUUGACCUUGAGCAUCGUCCAUUUACAAUGAACACUCAUUACUUUUUGGAUUACAAGGACAAAUUUUUCUCCUACUACAAGAGUUACAGGGACCAGGAUUUAAAUCAGGAGCUUAAUUCUGCCCUCCAAGCACUGGAAUCGGAGCGUCAGCGCAAUCAGUUUGAAUGGAGUUCAAAUGCAGCAGUGGUCAAUGAAAUACUUGCAGGCCUCAUCAAACUGGGAAUAACGGGCGUGAAAGCAGUCGAUUUGGUCAAAUUUUUACCAACAGACGGAAUGGAAGGAGCGCUGGAUAUCAUGGCAGGGGUUCGAGCAUAUUUCCAAGUGGCAUACAAACGUUUUGUCGAUAAUAUUCCUUCGGCUAUCGAUCAUGAAAUGGUGCGAGGGUCUGAACGAGAUCUUAUUCGCACCUUGCCUUUAAGACUCGGUAUCCAUGGCCCAGAUGGACUAGCUAUCUGCAAAGAGUUGGCGCAAGAGAGCACACAAGUUGCAGCGAAGAGGGAGGAGCUAUCCAAAAAAUUGGAGAGGAUGAAGGCAGGAAAUGAAGAGCUUUCGCGCAUAUUUUGA